AUGGUAAGUAAUGCCAAAAUUAAUCAAUCGGGGAAUACUGUGUUAGCCAUUACUCCUAUAGAAGUCCCAAGCAAUAAAAGACUGGCAAUAUGCAUAACUAAAUCCCACGAAAUUAAAGGACGAUCCCUUGUCGGAUGCCGAUUUGGGAUUCUUAAAGCAAUAGAAAUAAUAGCCCCUCCCCAAAUAAUAGCCUGAGCCAGAGAAAUUGCAGAGUGGGUAUCAAAAUUAAAAAUAAGCAAUAAUAGAGCUAUCAUAAUUGUACUGCCUCCAACUCCUCCAGCAUUAGACAGCAGAGCUAAAAUUAAAAUAAGAAAACUUCCACCGAUUUCUUGGCCAUCAAGAGGAGCAAGGCCUUUGUGAAUGCAAUGACCAUGCUCACAAGACGUAUAUUUUUUGCAGUCACUUUCGGUAUCACAUUUUGGUGAGUACUUGCUGUUUGCAGAUGCUAUCACAAGAAGACAGAAAAAGAUCAAUAUAUAUCUCAUUAUUAAACUUAUUUGAUGGAGUUUGAGUCAUAUUUUAAAUCAGUAA